AUAAGAUGUGUUCAAAUGAAAUCUCUGGUGAUAAGAUUUUUUUUUUUUAAAAAAGUUGUCCUUCCAUCACACGUUUAUUAUGUACCGAAGAAACCGACCAAUAAUGAUUUUCAUCACAUUUAACUGGCUAUUUUUGAGUGAUUUAUUGACUACAAGAAAAAAUUUUUUCAUGGAUACAAUUCCAAUACGUAGUGAUGGAUUGAUUACUACGAUUACAAUGUGCAACAAUGCUAAUGAUGUUGAUGACAAUAAAGCUUCACAAUCAAAAAAACAACGGCUUUAUUCAUCAAUCAAAAAACAUUUAUGGAUAUUUCCAUUAACAUGUUUUAUUGGAACUUUGAUAAUCACCAUUGUUCCAUACAUAUUAUCCGUAUAUUAUGGUUAUACUAAUAAAAUAUUUCCACUUAUCAGCGAUUCUGGUGGUUAUCCACCUGGUGCCAGUUUAUUCUCAUCAUUCUUAAUUAUUGGAGCAAUAUUUACAACACUUACUGCAUGGAUUCGUUAUAAACAAGUAAAAUAUUAUCUUCAAUUACAUUGGAAAGAUGAUCAAAACAUUAAUCAAUUGAAAUAUUUAAGAUCAAUCAAUUGGACAUUAGUAAUUUAUAUGAUUUUUUCAUCAUUUGGUAUGAUAAUUUUAGCAUCAUUUCGUUCAACGGAAUCGAUCGCACUGGCUAUUAUACAUUCAAUUGGUGCUACAUUAUCAAUUUUUGGUGAUUUACUUUAUACUACCGGUACCGCAUACCUUUGUUGGAAACUUUAUCGUAUUUAUCAUUUGGAAACAAAACCAAUAACAUUAAUUGUUUUAACCAUUAUAAAGAUGAUAACGGCAAUGAUAUUUACAUUGAAUUUUCUAAUAUCUUGGUAUAUGGCUGGUAAUGAUUUUCUUGAUGCUAAAUAUCGUUCAAAAUGGCCAUAUGGCCAUAGUCGAAUAUUUUUUUUAAUCACAUCAUUCAGUGAAACAAUAUUAUUAAUAUUAAUUUCCAUUGGAUUUUUAUGUUUAUUUAAUCGUAUUCGAAAAUUUAAUGAUUGGAACAAGAUACGUUUCUGA